AGAGUUUGUCCUGCUAAUAAAUCAAUGACGCCAUUCGGCGACUCCCAAGUAGGCGAUGAUUUAUGUCUGGCUAAAGGGUUCCCAGGAUUCCCGGACCUAAUUGAGUUGCCCUUGGUGUAUCAGUCAUUUCUAGAGUGUUGCCCUCUCAGUCACAAAUUGAGCCUGAGUCAGAACGAUUCUAAAAUUUCACGUUGCCUCUUUUUUUGCACUACAUUGUUUUUAUAUUGUUUUUCAAAUCGUUUGUACCAUGGAGCUUACUAUACCAACCGAGGACUCGCACUGGUCUCUGCGCUUCGUAGACGUUUGGAGGCCCUUUCCGCAGCAGGUAGUGGCCAAUGCCACCUACAAGGUCAUCCGCUUCUUCUAUCCCCCCUUCGCCCUGGAAGCAGUCCAUGUCACCCACGUGGUCGGCGAUCCCGAGCUGAACGGCCUUAAUGCGGCACUUUUUCUGGGCUGCCCCCUGUUGCUGGCCAGCUUUGGCUAUGCGGUGUACAAGUAUAAGCUGAAGAAGAAACGCGUGGUUCGAACGUCGCCAGCGCGCUUAAACGAGCUCGAGGAGCGUAUGAUUGCCAAGUACGGCCCGGAGUACAAGAAGGGAAUCUGGAAGAGAAAGGACAUUCCUGAUCCCCUCCUGGAAGGAAAAAAGACCACUGAACCCGAAUCCAGCGACAAAUUCGACGAGGAGGUCAAGUGCCACCUGGAUAAUCAGAUAGACCUGGUUGAGCAAAUCGAUAACACGAUCAGAGAACGUUCCGGCUUGAGAAUUCAGACAGCACAGUAGGGACUUUUCGCUGUUUCUAAUCUAGCCUAAACAACCUUUUUGUAUCCGCUUAAAGAAAAAAAUCGAUUUAAGAACCUUCAA